UUCGGCAAUGACGGCAGCCAAAGUGGGAACUACAUCCAUAUUUUUUGUUUUUCGUGGCCCGGCCAUGUUACGAAUUGGUUCUGCCGUCCGUCGUCUGCAGGCCGUCCGUUUUCCUUCCGCGUCUUAUGCAACUGCUGCAGCCUCUCUCCACCGUACAGUCCGCGUCGAAAACCUCCCAGAAGGCUACGACGUCAGCAGCAUCAUUGAAACCAUCAAAGGCAACCCCGCAGAAUCCGUCGCGCCCGCCAAGGACCACCUCCUCGUCCGCUUCUUCGACGAGAGCACCGCGCGGCGUUGCGUCGAAAUUAGCAAUGGCGUCCAGAACCUCUCCGUGAAGAUCGACGAAGCGACGUCCUCCCCACCGCUCGACGACGGCACCAUCGCCCGGAUCGCGAAAUUCGACUUGACGCGCACGAUCCGGCUGAGCGACAUACCGAAGGGCCUCCACGAGUAUGACCUCCAGCAGAUGCUCACCAAGUACGAAGGCGCGGACGUGCGUCUCAAUUUGGCGGAGACGGAGGCGGACAUACACUUCUUGGAUGUUCACCACGCGACGGACGCGUACUCUGUCUUGAAGACCACGGGCGCCACGGUGGCCCACCGCCAAGUGAUCCCCGACGACUACAUCUUUCCAGAGUGGUACUCGCGUGAAGGGCCCGAAUCGACCCAAGCCGUCAACAUCACCCGAUUCUCAUCGCGUCAAGUCCGUGAGGACUGCUAUCGACUCGUCUCGGAUACGAGCCUCCCUUCGGUCCCUUUCAUCACCACGCUCUUGCCGAAACGUCAUUGGAUAAAAGCCUUCUUUCCAACGACAGCGCUAGCCCGGCAGUUCGUCGAGGAGAGUAAAGCAAAGUCGGAUGCCCUCGGCGUCAAGGUGACCCUCGAACCGACCAAAAUCCACCUCGGCGCCAACAUGAUCACCGCAGUCGGCUUGGGCGCUACCCGUAUGAUAUCCCUACCAGCCACCGUAGAACCCACUUCGUUCGGUCAAAUAAAGCGUUUCUUCUCGUUCUACGGUUUAGUGGGCCAAAAGGGCAUCUCCUGCACCGACGGCAAGUUGGUCGUGGUCUAUGACAAGAUGAUAGCGGCUGCGAGCUUCCUCACAGCGUACAGCCAAGGGCUGAAAAAGAGGAUACCAGCGCAGAUUCAGGGCGCCACACCCAGUUUUUAUCGGGGAGACAAAAAUUCAUAAGUGGAUCUUAGAGGAGUAGGGCAUUUGUAAAUUUACUACCACCAAAAUAGAUAUCACGCUAGGCGAACUGAUAUACCAGUCCCGAG